UUCGUCAACGACGCAUUAUGUCGACGAUAAGACGUCAAACUGUCACGGACGAUGCAUAUCGGCUCUAAGAUCGCUGUGAGAUCGCCAGCGUCUCUCGCGGUAGCAGCGGGUCUGUUUCCACCUUCCUCCUCGAUAGCAAAGUCUGUUAUCGCGGAAGUGCGAAGUACGACAGUUCGCGCGGACAUGUGUCACUUUUGAUCGUCGUGUGUCGCGUCUUUCGGUCACAGUUAACCGCAUGUGUGUUGUUAUUCGCGGCGCGCGAACGGACGAUCACAGAGCAGCGGGGGGGCGGGGAGCCCGGUUGCCGCACGGUUGCUUCCGUUGCGCGGAUCUCGCGAUCAACGUGUCGCGCAACGUAAGUUCGAGCAAUGUCCCUGCAGCAGUGGAUACACAUACGACAUAACAUCGACAUACCGUGGAAGAGCUUCAUCAGGGAGUCUUCCAGCGUGCGGGACGGAUCCCCGGAGAGACGCAUUCAUCAGUUGGCCUUCCAGGGAAGCGAAGCUAAAGCCGCUUACGAAGAGAUUAUUCAUCAAAGCGGUAGCGUCACACCGACCAGAUUCAAGUAUUUGAAGUCGAAGGCGGUCGGAGGUCAGAACAGCCCCGGCGCGAAUUCGGUUUCCAUCAACGCGCAAUCAAAGAAGACCGUAGUCCCGGAGGAUGUCCUGGCGAGAGUCACGAUCAAUACACUGUUGAAAGCGGUGGAGCAGAAGGAUCUGAAGUUCCUGCAGAAGCACAUGACGUCGGAGAACGUGAAUGUGUCCGACGACUUCGGAUGGACCCCGUUGAUGUCCGCCGCUUACUGCGGCCAUCUGGAGAUCGUGCAAUUCCUGCUGAAUCUCGGGGCCAACAAGAGAAGCAGGGACAGGUCCGGCCUCACCGCAGCCCAGUUAGCCUUGAAGAAGAAUUACCUGAGCAUAGUCGCGUUGCUCAAGAAAAAGUCCGAAUCGGUCAACAACAAUAAUCAGCCGUCCGCGAGUAUAUCCAGGUCGAAUAACGCUAAUGCCCUGCCGAUGAGGCCGUUGUCUAUAGAAUCUUCCAAGGAUCACGACAGCGACGUUCGCAACACCGCCGAGGAGAAAGCGCACUCGCAGCACACGGCGUUUUACUGCGAAGUCUGCAAAGCUAUCUUUCAGGAGACGACUCCGCAGAAGCACGAGGCUUCCACCUUGCAUAUCUUCAACACAAAGCCCAAGUUGAAGCACACGAUGUACGGGAUAUCGAAGCAAAAUAAAGGAUACAAGAUGCUGUUGAACACCGGCUGGGACGAGGAGGCUGGUCUAGGGCCUUCCGGAAAGGGAAUGAAGUAUCCGAUCAAAACAUGUUUGAAGAUGGAUCGCAAAGGAUUGGGCCAACCGAGGAUGAAUGAUCAUCAAAAAUUGUUGGAACACUUAGAACAAGUUGAACACAAAGCUGGUGAGAUUCUCACUGAUCGCGAGGAAAUAGUUGCCCUGGACAAGCGAAGGAACGACGAUCGUGUAGGAAUGAGGGCGCUAGAAAAAGAAUCGUGUGAAAAAACGUGGAUAACGGUGGGCCCGUUGCUGAUAAAAAUGCCAUCUGAGGCGGCUGUGGAACUGCUCGAGAAAGAUCAGAGAGAAUGUAGUAACGUAAUUAAUCAGAUAAGAAGCGACUUAAAGGUAAAAGUAAAUGAAUUACGUGACUUAGAAUUAACUCCGCCGGUACCUGGAUCAAUGUUGACACCUAUGUCCCACAAAGAAAUGGACGCGAUGAAUCAAGUACUGGGUCGAAGUGUUUGAUAUGCGUAAAGUCGACAAAAUCAACAAGUUUCUAUUCUACUUGACGGUACAAUAAAAGCUACAUUAAAUGUACGAGCUUAUCGUGUUUAAGUUUAAUUGUAUAAAGUUUUGUAUAAAAUGUAAAAUAAUAACCGGUGUACGAAAUUUUUCUGGAAAAUUAUUGUCAUUACAGUAGUUGUUCGCGAGCAAUAGUCUUCUAAAGUACCUCAUAAA